CAUAAUGGCUUACAGGGGAUUAUCCUCAGGGGGUGGAGACCUGGAUGAAAGCGGAAUGAUAGAAGCUCCUCUCUUCUCAAUGCGCAAAAUCGACUUCGACCUACUUGACCCUACGUCGGUCAUCACACACGCGCAGAUAGCCAACUCAGUGCUCUAUGUUUUCACGCUGGGAAUCACAAAUGACCGAAAAUUGUAUCGGAAGAUAAUUGGUGACUCAUCAUCUGCAGAUUUCUUUGACCUAAAAGUCGAAGCGAUAUCGAAAAUUUUCGUAAAUCCUUUAGGAAAUUUGAUUUUGUUCACGACAGAAAUGAACCAAACGUACUACUUUUCGAAAGUUAUGAAGAAAUAUAAAACUGCACAGAAGUUUCUGAAAGACAUACAAGUACAAUGUAUGGCAUUUAAUAGAGUGACACAGAAUGAAAGCUGUCAGCAUUUUCUGGUUGGUUCUAUGAAAGGAGAGAUCAUUUCAGUCGAAUAUGCCAAUGGCGAGUUGAUAUCAUCGAAGCAGAUUUACCAGCUCACAAACUCGUUCAGAGGUUCCGACGCGAACGUGCGGGGUGCGGACCCGAUUCCAGUUAUGAGCAUGGAACUCAUUCUGGUCGCAUCUGAUGAGAUCUGCGUGUUUUGUGCGAGUAAAGAUAGAAUUCUAAUGUUCAGUGGUCAGAGUACGGCCGGAGUGCUGGAUCUGGGAAUCCAGAGUGUGUUUAAAGUGUACAGUGACAACAUGAGGAAGGUGCUACCCUUGUUGUUCUCGGUGUCUAGCAAUAACAGUCAGAUACAUCCAUUGUAUAGUAGUCAGUCUCUAACUCCGAGUAAACUCUACUGGUUUGCAGGUCCCGGAAUAAUCGAGUUCAACGUUGAGUCACAGUCGAGUGAUCAGAUUCUGAAGAAACACUCUAUAAUUCAGUACCCGAAAGACAUUCAAGCAGACGUCAUUGCUCUUCCGAAAGGCUGUGCUGUCACGAAAUUCCACAUUGUGCUUUUGUAUGACGAGCCUCGUUCCAUUCACGCUGUCUGUCCACUCAACAAAAAGGUGAUGUUCAGCGAGGGCCUCCCUAGUGCUGCGUCUCAUUCUUUCUCUCUGGGAAUAUGCAAAGACUCCAUCAGAGACGAACAGUACCUCAUCUUUGACAAGUUCAUCACUAAGUACAUUGCACUGCAGGAAGACCGAUUCAUCUGGAAAAUAUAUUUAGAGCUCGAGAACUUCGACUGGGCUUUGAAGUUCGCAGGAACUGACAACCCCAAUCGACUGAAUGAAAUCUACCUUCGAAAAGCCGAGUACUACUUCCGAAAUGGACAGUUCGACGACAGCGCCGAUCUGUAUGCACGAACUAAAGCAUCUUUUGAGGAGAUUGCUCUCAAGUUUAUAGAGAUUGACAAAAUGUCUUUGAAGAACUAUUUGUGUACUAAGUUAUCGAAUUUGAAAAGUGGAGAGAAGGCGCAGAUUACGAUGCUAGUGAUGUGGAUCAUUCAGUUAUAUCUGUCGCAGAUUCAUUUAGCCGAUGAGAAGGAUAUCAUAUCAGGAACUGUUGACGCAUGUCGAGAGGAGUUCCACAAAUUCCUGCGCGAAGUUAAACUGAAGGAGUGUCUUCGGAACAACAUGCGAGUGGUUUAUGAUCUGCUGGGGAGUCACGGGGACAGGGAAAGUCUCACUCUUGUAGCUGAGAUACUGAAUGACUACCCUUCUGUGCUACAGAAUCUGGUGGAGAAUGAAGAGUACAAUGAAGCUCUCGACCGUCUGGCACAAUACAAGAAGGCUAAUUUGUUCUACAAGUACUCAAGUGUACUGAUGCAGCAGAAUCCAGUGAAGACAGUGGAUGUGUGGAAGCGAAUGGCCACUCUGUUGCAACCCAAGAAUCUCAUCCCUGCCAUUGUCCAGCUGGACACCAGUUUCAAAGUGGCCAGACAAGCAAUUAGUUAUUUGGAAUUCUGCCUGUCUGAUCUGAGGAACACGGACACUGCAAUUCACAAUUGUCUUCUAACCCUGUAUGCUAUGCACGAGCCAAAGAAGCUCCUUGCUUAUCUUGAAACCCAGAAGGACAAUGCCUACCCUUACUAUGACUCGGAGUACGCACUGAGGAUAUGUUUGAAACAUGGAAACGAGGAAGCUACUAUAUUCCUCUACAAGACUAUGAAGUUGUACGAAGAGGCAGUUGAUCAGGCGCUCAGAAUCGAAAACAAAGAGGAAGCUCUGAUUGCUGCCCAGGAGAUUGCAUCAUACGCCCAGGAGCAGAACGAGGAAGCCCAGUCAAUCAAGAAACUCUGGCUCAAAAUAGGUCGCUACGUGGUCCAGGAUAAAAAAGAUGUGAAAUCGGCCAUGGAGUUCCUUCGGAAUAACGAACAUAUCAAAAUAGAAGAUAUUCUCCCAUUCUUCCCCGACUUCUUCACGAUUGACGAUUUCAAGGAUGCCAUUUUGACAUCUCUGAGAGACUACAACGAUAGCAUAGAGGCACUGAAACGUCAAAUGGAAAAUGCGACUGAGAGUGCGGAGAAGAUCAGGUGUUCGAUCAAGGAGAACAGGAGUCAGUGCAUGGUGAUCAAGGCAGACGAGAAGUGUGCCAUCUGUGGGUACCAACUACUCCUCAGAGCAUUCUACUCCUUCCCCUGCAAACACGCAUUCCAUUCCGACUGUCUACUCCAGAAGGUGAAGAUAGAAGUGACUAGUUUGGAGAGGCAAAAUAUUGAGAAGUUGGAGCGGCAAAUCAAGAAUGACGUAGACUUGCAGAAAAAGAAACCGACUGACUCCAAAGUCACCGGAAGCUACGCAGUUGACCCACUGCUCAAUGGUGCUGAACUGGAGGCGAAAAGGGAGGAGUUGGACAGUCUGGUAGCCUCCGAGUGUCUGUUCUGUGGAGAGAUCAUGAUCCAAAAUAUCCACAAGCCAUUCAUUCCACCUGAGAGACUGGAAGAGGAACUGGCAUCGUGGCUAUAAUAAGUAGCUGUCUAGUACAGAGAAAUGCAAAUGAGCAAAUGAAAAGAAGACAUAGCUAAAAAUAAAUUUCUCUUUCCUUGAACAAAAUCAAUCUAUAAUUUUGAUAGUUAGCUUUAUUUAUCAGAAAUAAAUUAUAUUGAGUGAUAAUUUUUCGGUCGCCGAAUUAGA